AUGAACAAAAAAUUAAUAUUUUUAAUUACUUAUUUAUUUUUUAUUUUUACAAUAAAUUCCCAAAUAACAUAUUUAAAAACUAACGAUGUGUUUCAAAUAUAUCCAUUACCUGGCAAUCAAUAUAAAGCACACUAUAAUGACUUAGCUUUAUAUUAUAAACUAGAUUUUUUUUUAAUAAAUAAAAUAAAAGAUAUUAAUGAAAGUUACUAUAGCAUCGAUUCUAAUGGUUCCAUUUUUAAAGCUUCAAUUCAACAAAACAAAUUAUUUGUAGCAAUACCAUUUGAUAAAUCCAACCCAUCGCAAUCAAUUAUAUUGACUACAAUUUUCAAUAAUUCAGAUACAGUAUCAAUGAAAAUAGAUUUAUUUUGUGAUUAUAUCAAUAAAGAUAAAGUUUCCGUAAAAGUAACAAAACCAAUAUUAGAUAGAGAUAAUAAUGUUUAUGUAAACAUUCUAUUUAUUGGUCUAAACAACUCAUUGACCUCGAUCACCACAUCACCCCCCCUUUCAUCAGUUAGACUAACUGGGGAACAGUUUGAAGUUCAGGUUACUCCUUUUUAUAAAUUUUCAGCAAAGGAAACCAAUUUUGAUAUUUUAUUUAGUGAUUUUUCAAUACCAAUAACUGUACCACCAUAUUACCCACCCAAUAUCAUUCCAACAUUAUUAGAUUAUUUUAUAUACCCAUCAAUCAAUAAUUUCAUAUAUAAUGACUUUACCCAAACCCCUAUUUUAUAUUUCUCAUCAAGUAUUCCUUAUAAUGUAUCCUUUUUCUUGCUCCAAAGUCAAACUACCUACUAUGUACCAAAAAAAAUUAAAUUAAAAGAAGAUAGAUAUACUUAUAUUGCUCCUCUCCUAUAUCAAGGAUUCUCAAACCAAGUAUUUAAUUUCUCUUUAAACACUAUGCUAGACUUGGUCCCAAGAGUAAUUGAAAAAAAUAUCAUAGAAUAUACCUACUUAACAAUACCAUUUUGGACCUACUCUAGAGAAUUUGACGAUUUCUUUACAAUAAGUUUCCAAAACAAUUUAUUUACACUAAAAGAAAAUACAUUCAACUUUAGAUAUUCCUCCUCCUUUCAAACUAAAUGGCCAUUUGGGUUUGUCUCUGGAUCAACAAAAAAUUUUGUUUAUUCAAUAACUAUACCACUGGAUGAAAAUACAAGAAAUCUAGCUAUAAGCGAAUAUCCUCAUGGUAAAGAAACUAUUGGAAUAAUUGAAGGAUCAGGUUUAGGUAACUAA